CAAGUGUUCGGAAAAGGUGUUCCGCGCCGCGUUUCUCUCUGUCAUGUGAAAUAUGGGGACAAAUUACGUCUCAUACCAGCGCAGGGAGUUCGAAACUGAGGAGACUGUCGUGCUCUUGGAGAUCGGGAAGCGUCCCGCACUGCCGUCGCUGCCACCCUCUUACCAGUACUUCCUGGCCGGGCCGCCGGCUUGUCUGCCGCCGCCCUACAUCUAUCCAGCGCCCGCGAGCAGCCUCCUGGCGCCGGACAAGCUGCCCGAGGCCAGCCUGCCCAGCGAUUGGAAGGAGAGAGCACAGCAAGUGGAGAGAGAGUACAAGAAGUCAGCCUGUGACCGCGAGCGCACGAGGAUGAGAGACAUGAACAACGCCUACGAUCUGCUGCGCAGCAAGCUGCCCGUGCCCAAGCCCUCGGGUAAGAAGUACUCCAAGAUCGAGUGUCUCAAGCUCGCCAUCAGCUACAUCCAGUAUCUGCAGAGCGUGCUGGAGAUGCCCGAGAGCCCGCCAUUCUCGCCACCCGUGCACCCCGCCGGCGCCCAGAGCUACUACCCGCUGACGCCCCAGGCGCCCGAGCUGCUCGCCCCGGCGCCCGUCCUGCUGCCGCCCACAAAUCCCACCGAGGUGCCCAGUGUGUGGCAAGUCAGCCCCGGCGGCAUGAAUUUGUAUUAUCACCCAUAAUUGGCGCUAAUUAGUGAAUUUUGGCAUUGCUCAGCGGUGUGACACAAGUGUGGCAGUGAAACCAGAAUAUAUGUGGAUGAAAUAUAAUAAUAUGCAAUUUUA